UGCAAUUCUCCACCUAUGAAACCUCCCAGUAGACACGUGCAAAAUUUUGAUGCCUGCCUCUGAGCCUCUCCCCCAGUACCACUAUGCCUGCCGCAACAGUGGACCACAGCCAGCGGAUCUGCGAAGUCUGGGACUGCAACCUGGAUGAACAGAUGAAGCGAAUCCGUCAAGUUAUACGCAAGUAUAAUUAUGUUGCAAUGGACACCGAGUUUCCAGGAGUAGUUGCGAGACCAAUCGGAGAGUUCAGGAGUAACGCUGACUAUCAAUACCAACUUUUACGCUGUAAUGUGGAUUUACUAAAGAUCAUUCAGCUGGGGUUAACAUUUAUGAAUGAGCAAGGAGAAUACCCACCAGGAACCUCAACAUGGCAAUUUAAUUUUAAAUUUAAUUUAACGGAAGAUAUGUAUGCACAAGACUCCAUAGAGCUGCUCAACUCAUCUGGGAUCCAGUUUAAGAAGCAUGAGGAAGAGGGCAUUGAAACUCACUAUUUUGCAGAGUUGUUCAUGACCUCUGGAGUGGUGCUUUGUGAAGGAGUGAAAUGGCUUUCUUUUCAUAGUGGCUAUGAUUUUGGCUAUCUAAUAAAGAUACUGACUAAUUCAAACUUGCCCGAGGUUGAGCUGGACUUCUUUGAAAUUCUUCGGCUAUUUUUUCCCGUGAUAUACGAUGUCAAAUAUCUCAUGAAAAGCUGCAAAAACCUAAAGGGUGGGCUGCAAGAAGUGGCUGAACAGCUGGAACUGGAGCGGAUAGGACCUCAGCACCAAGCGGGCUCAGACUCCUUACUGACCGGAAUGGCGUUCUUCAAAAUGAGAGAAAUGUUCUUUGAAGAUCAUAUAGAUGAUGCAAAAUAUUGUGGUCACUUGUAUGGCCUGGGAUCUGGAUCAUCAUAUGUUCAGAAUGGCACAGGGAAUGCUUAUGAAGAGGAAGCCAACAAGCAAUCUUGACCUCCAAAGGACAGCUAGCACUUUUCAUUGCCAAGCUCUAUUAUUUUCUCCAUGUUUUAUCUCUGGUCACAUUGAUUGGACAUCUACUCACU